GGCACGGAAAGAGGCGGUCCUUCACGCCGCCCCGAGCGCGCAUGCGUAGUGGACCGCCGCAACCCGAGAGUUCGAGGCUCGCGCCUGGCCAACCCCGGCUCGCGCAUGCGCCAGGUUGGUACCGAAGCGCUGCAGGACCCUCAGCAUGAACCCCUCGCAGGGCACGGUGGGCAGCGACCCGGUCAUCCUGGCCACGGCCGGCUACGACCACACGGUGCGCUUCUGGCAGGCGCACAGCGGCAUCUGCACGCGGACCGUCCAGCACCAGGACUCGCAGGUCAAUGCCCUGGAGAUCACGCCAGACCGCACCAUGGUGGCUGCGGCAGGUUACCAGCACAUACGCAUGUAUGACCUGAACUCCAAUAACCCCAACCCGGUGAUCAACUACGAUGGGGUCAGCAAGAACAUCACCUCGGUUGGCUUCCACGAAGAUGGGCGGUGGAUGUACACGGGGGGUGAAGACUGCAUGGCUCGUAUCUGGGACCUCCGGUCGCGCAAUCUUCAGUGCCAGCGCAUUUUCCAGGUGAACGCGCCCAUCAACUGCGUCUGUUUGCAUCCCAAUCAGGCUGAGCUUAUUGUUGGAGACCAGAGUGGCGCUAUCCAUAUCUGGGAUCUGAAAACGGACCACAACGAGCAGCUAAUCCCAGAGCCGGAGGUCUCGGUCAACGCGGUGCAUAUUGAUCCGGAUGCCAGCUACAUGGCUGCGGUCAACAGUUCGGGCAACUGUUAUGUCUGGAAUCUCACGGGGGGCAUUGGAGAUGAGGUCACCCAGCUCAUCCCCAAGACCAAGAUCCCUGCGCACAACCGCUAUGCACUCCAGUGCAAAUUCAGCCCGGACUCCACGCUUUUGGCCACUUGCUCUGCUGACCAGACGUGCAAAAUAUGGAGGACCUCCAACUUCUCCCUGAUGACGGAGCUGAGCAUCAAGAGCAACAACCCUGGGGAGACCUCCCGCGGCUGGAUGUGGGACUGCGCCUUUUCAGGGGAUUCCCAGUACAUUGUCACAGCCUCAUCCGACAACUUGGCCAGGCUCUGGUGUGUGGAGACGGGGGAGAUCAAGAGGGAAUACAGUGGGCAUCAGAAGGCGGUCGUCUGUCUGGCGUUCAACGACAGCGUCUUGGGCUGAGGACCAAGCUGGGACGGCACCUCUUACCAGCCAGUCUGCCUUCUGGAUGGAGGAGAGGAUUCCUGUUGGGCCCCAUCAGGCACGGCUUCUUUCAGCCGAGGAAGCAGAGUCCGGACUAACUCGGCCGCGGCUGCACGCUCUGCCCUUUGGCUUAAUUGGCAGGUGCGGGUGGCCUCCCUUGUGCUCCCCAUUUGUAGCACUUUCUUAAAACCAGCAUGGAGCUUGGCAGAGAACUUAAAGGAGGGGAGCUGCCCUUUCCCUGGGCAACGAUGGGUAUCCUAGUCUUGGCUGCCUCUAGGAAGAUCCUCUUGCGUCUGGGGUGAGCUGCGUCUCCUUCCUGAGGCCCCCUUUUCUGCCCCACUCCUCCCACCCGGCCCCCAAGGCUUCAUUUGGGAGCGGACACUGACUCCAGAGUAAUUAUGGGCUCUGCCUGCUAACCAGCCUGGAGCAGGCUGGCAAAGGGAGAAAGGUUGCCACUGAACAGGGUGCCCUUCCCCAUGCAGGAGGGGCAGGCUUCACUCUGGCCCUCCCUCCCCCAGGCAGCCCUGCUGGGUCAUCUGGCUCAACCGAAGAAGAGAAGGGGUUGAAGCAAGCCUUUAGGGAAGCUUCAUCAUCCAAGUGGGCAGACUUCUCUCUCUAACCCAACAUGCUCACAUCCCAAAUCAGAGAGUCAGUACAUGAUGUUUUUUUUUUUAUUUAAAAAAAGGAUUUUUUUUUUCACAUAAUGCUUGUGUGGAUCUGACCUUCACCAUAAAGCUACUUCUAUCAGAAACAAUUAUUUACAUGUUACAGUUGAAAGCGUCAAACUUCGUAAAUGUACGUAUAUAUAUA